UUCAGCGCUCACGUGCCCGGGACGAGUGGGGGAUCUUCGCGGAUCCGGCGUCGCGUGAGCAAGGGACGGGGGAGGCUGGGCGGGGAUCCUGCCUAGGGCUCGCAGCACCGUGAGGGCGGAGGGAGGACGGAGAAGAGAACUUUGCAGGGAAGCAGUAAGAGAAGGAGAAAUCAGGGUAGGGCUGUAGCGUACGCAAUUUCUUGGCUGACAGCUAAGGAAGUCUGAGGCGGAGUUCACGUGUUGCACAAAACCAUGGUGUCUUGCUUAAGCCACAGUUAGGGGCUUUCCAAUACCAGGUCAUAAUGAGUGAUUUGCAAACUACAUUAGGGGCUAGCGCAACGCACUAAGCCAGACAAAGCUCAUUUAAUUCCGCCUUAGAGUAGAAGUCUGAAGAUAUCUUGACUCCCCUUAAUCAAUUCGGCUCUUCUGUGUUUCAGGACUAGCUAUCGGUGACGCUUUCUCCUUCCGGAGAGGCGCACCAGGCGGACCUAUUUUAUUAUACUGUACGUACUUUCAGUGCUAAGCACGUACGCUUUUAUUCUUCAAGGCCUUUUAAUAUAAUAAUACAUUGACUUUUAAAAAUUGUAUGCCACUAUGGGCUUUUACACUAACCUGCUUCUGCUUUCAGCGCUUUUGUUGUUACAUGCAUUGUAUUUUUAAUUACUGUUUCAGUUUUUAAAAAGACUAAGUUACAAUUUUGAGUGCUCUCCGGUCAGAGCAAAAGCUUUGUUUUGAAAGGCAUAAUACAAUUCUUAAAAUCUAUAGAUUUGAUUGUGUGCAAAAUCACACUAGGUUUUUCUUUUGAAGUGUAAAUCUUACUAAGAAUCUCAAUGUUAUUAACUGCCUGCUCUGAGAAUUUAUGUUCCGGCCCCAGGGCUAGGAAUCCCAGAUUUGUCUGAUUUCUUUGUAAUAUUGAUGCAUAAAGGUAGACAAGUAUUAUGGUUCUUCUAGAAUACUGUAUACUUGGUAUGCUUUAUUUUCUCCCUUUCGGAUCAGUAACUAGCAAUUAAAAUUGAUUGAAUGACCAAAAAACAUCAUCUCAAAUAAGCAGGUCUAUAAGAGUUGGGUUAGGAAGAAUUUUACCAGUUGCAGCUUCUUCUGUCAUUGGAGCAUGGCCAGGUAGAAAAGCUGGCUGCCCCUUUCUAGUAGAUCAAAAGCUGUGAGAAGAAUUGAUAGCUGGCAUUUGCAUUGCACGCUUAUCUGUGGUUAACCAAACCAUAACUAACUCAACUUUCCAAAUGUUCUAGGUUCCUCUGACACAUCAAAACAUAAAAGUAGUCACAUGGGCUGGGUUCACCCAUAACAUUAGGUACAAUAUUAAUUUGUGGCCCAGGGUGUCAUGGAGGAUGUAGCUGUAGAUUGCUCAUGCGUGCCACAGGAUUCCCCCUUGCUUUCCAUCCGUUGUAUUACCUAGAUGGAAGUGCUGGAUAAGCCAAGACAACCUUGCAUGCUUUCUCUCUUUUCCAUCUUCUUAUUCUAGGGAAGAAGUGGAGAUUCUAAGCCAGCGCCAGUUGUGGAAUGGUUGGAAGAAAGGAGGUGGGAAUGUAGCUCUGCAGGUCAAGGUUCAGACAUAUCUAUCCCUGUUUGGCAGAGUUUAGAAUAGAGUCAUCCACCCUUUGAAGGAACAGGCAUGCACUGUUUUGAGCGUUCCUGGAAAUCCAGUGGCAACGGGGACCAGGAGCACUUUCUCUGACUCUGGCUGGUUUGCUAGCUGUGAUUUUUCACUCUGAUUUUUCACUAGUUGCAUCCUACUAUAUUGCCACAGUGUUUUCUGUUGUUGGCCCCACACAUUUUCAUGAAGUUAAAACAUGGUUUGUUUAUAGUGUUGGGUUAAUGUGUUAUGUGAAUUCACGCAACUGUGAGUUACUCAGUUAACACAUAGUAAAAUGUGUGUGAACCUGUCUUUUAAAGAUGUCACGUGAGUUAUAAAUAGUUAAAUGUGAGAUUGUCAAAAUGAUGAUUGGAGUUUGGAGAUUAUUAUGAGCUGAUACUACAUUAAUCAGUUGCCCAUCUGUUUCUGGGCUCUUAUGUUGUUACAUACACAUCCAGCCUAAAGCUGUUUCUGUUCUAUGAUGAAAGGAUUAGGAGUAGGUCUGAGGAGCACAGACUCUUCAUUGUGGCACGGAAACUUGGCAGUGCCUUUCCAGGGGAUGUCUUCUGGGCUUUCCUUCUUCUAAUUAAUUUUGAAAACUCAUUCAGCGGCACUGAAUAUUUAAUUACCUAUAAUUAUAGGACAGAUUUUGCUAUCUUGUAAUUUGGGUGAAAUUGGAUGAUACAGCUCUACUUUGUAAUGAGGGGUUGGAAAAUUUAAAUGUUUUUCAUACCAUUUUAUAAUAAAUUGCUUUGUAAUAAAGUAGGCCCUUUAAAUAAGUUUAACAGUCUGUGAGUCAAUAAUAAUAAUGGCUAGGUCUCACGUUUUGAAGAACAAGGGAUAAAAUAUCCUCAGCCUUCUUCCCCAUUCUGUUUUUUUUUUUUAACUAGCUCUUCUAAGCAUGUUUAUCCAUGCUGAGUAUCAAUCUCGUUCUUUGGCUGAAAUUGAUAAAUUCAUAUCAGUAAAGAUACAUAUAUGGGGAACUGAAUGACAGUGCUACAUUAGGGAGAAGUUUGAGCCUUCUGCACAAAAACGAAAGUCAUUGUUCGACUGAGUUUCCUCAUUCUGCUCUAUGACCUUAGAACAAUAGAGAUGCAAAGGGCCAUCCGGUUAAAUCCUCAGUGGGGGAUUGCAGCCGGUACUGCUCAGUAAGACCUGACCCUCACGAUACCUGACAUCCCAGGGCUUUUGCGUAUUCAGUGCUGAGGCAUGGAGUGAGAGACUUUCUUGAUAAAUGUUCUAUUCUGUGCAGCAUUUAAAAAUAAAGGAUCCUCUGGGUUUGAUGACUCCGUGAAAUGCACGGUAUCUUUGCUUGACGCAAUAGCGGUGCUUUCACUGUCACACACGGAAGAAGAGCAGACCGUAUACCGAUGGGGUGGCCGGGCUGGCAUCUCAUGCUGAGUCAGGAUUUCCAGAAUAAACCCAAGUGGGCUGGGUCCACACAAUAGCCUUAAGCCAGAACCAAGCACACCUCUCUGUAGCUCAGUGUGAUGUCAAAACCCAAUAUUUCUGGGUAGCAGAGCAAUUAAUUGGUUUCAGGAAGGAGUGAACCAGAGUUUUCUAAGAUGAGCCGUAUUUGUAAUGGAGGAAAAAGUCUCUCUCCUUUGAAACAGCAUUACUAACACCAUACUUUACAUAAACUGCAGACUGAUGCCUAGCACAAAUAUUCAUUAUCUGAAGUGUUCAGCGUGUGAGCAGUCUGGAUUGCACACUUGAUGUUCCUGUAAUGACACUGGAUGCUGCCAGCACUUGUGCAUCUAGCGUGAAGAUCUGCAGCAGUGAAAACUUUACAUAAAUGAUGUGAGAUUGGCAUCUCUGUGAAUCAGGACACCGGAUUGUCCUAUGAAAACCGACCUUUAUUCUGAGUAGGCGUGUGUCUACAGCAAACUAUGUAAUUUGAUUAACGGGGACAAAGGAUUGGUCAGGAUUUCAUCUUUUCUUAAGCGUGUCCAAUAAUAAAGGCCUGAAUGGGGUUUCUGAAGAAGUUGACUGUGAGAGCUGCAUGCAAAGCAUUUACCAUGAGCAAUGGGUUGGGCUGGAUGGCCUGAUAGUUAUUUCUGCCUCUUCAAAUCUCAAAUGCUGUUCCUGUGUGGUAUUCAGGGAGACUGUUUCUCUGUUCAUCGGUUGCUAUUACAAUCAAUAGCAUUUUUUAUUUCCACUGGUAUUGGAGCAACUGUCAAAUGGUUCCCUUUUUCUUUAUAUUUCUUUAUUUGUAUUUAUUCUAUGAGGCUUAUGUGCCACUCCAGCCAUCAACUGACUCUGAGUGACUUACGGUUCUACCUUGCAUAAACAAGGCUAAAAUAAUUACAUAAUAUAUUCCUGUACAAACAAGAAAUCAUAUCCCCGUAGAGGGUUCUUACACAGGAGAAUUCCUCUCAAGUAAUCUACCCCUCAAAGCCCUGUUAAAAUAACUAGGUUUUAAUUGCUUCCCAUAUCUCAAUAAUGUCAGGGCAUGUCAAAUCUCCAGGGAAUACUUCUAGAGAAGUGGGCAGCAAUCAAGAAAGCCCAACUCUGGGAAACUUGUAAAUAACCUUCUUUAAGAGAGGGAGCCUCGAGGAGCCCACUCUUCCCAAUAUAUUUGCUGGGAACAGGAGGUCCCAUAGAUAUCCAUGUCCUGGGCCGUGAAGGGCUUUAAAGAUGACAACCGCAGCUUGAAUUGUGCCCAGAGGCUAACUGGUACCCAGUUAGCAACUCUUGCAGUAGUGGUGUUACAUGGGCAUACCUAAAGGGUACCCAUAACUGAGCUGCUGCAUUCUGGACCACCUCAGCUUCUAAGUGGUUUUUAAGGGCAGCCCCAUGUGGGGCAUAUAACAAUGGUCCAAAUAUAUAUGUAUGUACUUAAUGAUUUAAUGUUCAGGUUUUUGACUGCAUGAUUAAAUUAAUACAUUUUACAUGCUUUGGAGUAUGAAAACUAGUCAACAGCUGAACAACAUCCACAUCAUGGGGGCACAUAUCAGUAAGCAUAUUUUGGACAACUGCCAGAAAUUAAUAUCUUUAGAAGUGCUGUACAUUUUUUAUUUAGCCUGGUUUUCAUCACUGGAGUAGAACUGAGAGUUCAGUUUUCAGUGCAAAGAGAUGGCUUUGGUUCCUUAUGACAGCACAGCUAUUUGGGGGAUGCAGAAGUUACAUAAAUCUUCCUCUACAUUCUGUUUUGCCAACCACACAAUUCACAUUAAGCAGAACUGGACACAGUUGGGUGUAGCUGCUGUGGUAUGGGAUGCGGCGGUAGUCUUGUGCACUUUCUUGGAGACGGGAGGUAUUGAUCUGCAAGGACGCAUGGUGAUUGAGUUAGGAGCUGGGACAGGCUUACUUGGAAUUGUAGCUGUGCUACUUGGUGCUCAAGUUACAAUCACAGACCGAAAGCCAACAUUGACUUUACUUCAGUCAAACGUGCAAGCUAAUUUACCUGUCAACCUUCAGCCAAGAGCAGCAAUAAAGGAACUUACCUGGGGACAAGAUUUGGCAGACUUUCCUCCAGGAGGAUAUGACAUUAUCUUGGGUGCAGACAUAGUUUAUCUGGAAGAAACAUUUGCAGAUCUUCUUCAAACACUGGAUUAUCUCUGCUCUGAUGAGACUGUGAUCCUGUUGUCAUGCCGCCUUCGCUAUGAGCGGGACCAGACCUUCCUGAAGAUGCUUAGAGAACUUUUUACAGUGCAUGUAGUGUUCUAUGACCCUGGUAAUGAUGUGCAUAUAUUCAAAGCACAGAGGCAUGUCCUGAAGGGAGAUUUGUGAUUGGUCUGAUCAUGAAUUCUUGCCAGCUCAUAUUUCCAGCAGAACAGUAGAUCACAACUACCAUGUAAUUUGGAAAAAAAAUGUGACCAUCACAAUGGAAGUACUUUAUGAGAAUAAAGUAAAACUAAUCUAUUUUUGUUCCAUAUUUGGAGUUUCAUUAGGUUGAUGGUUUUCUACAAAGACUGCCUUCUUGAUUUACUCAUCAUUAAAAUAAGGAAUUAAUCAGCCACCUGGCCAGUUAUAUAACUUCCUCAGUAAACUACAGGUGAAGGCCAAAGGGGACAUACUUUUGAAGGAAGAAAAACGCUUCAGAAAAAGUGGUGGAGUAGAAUUGGGGGCUUCCUUGGAUGAGUGUCAAAGAAAUAUGGAGCUGGCUCUAAUUCUUAAUCCUUUUCACUCUGAGUAAUACAAAUUAUGAGACUUCAGACUUUUUUUCUCACUUGCAUAGACGAAUGUAUCUUAAUGCCAAAUACUUGGCAUUAUAGUGGCUUGGAUAGAGAAAAAAAAUUUCAAUACAGCUGAUAAACACUUCAAGCAACUUUUUAGACAUCUUUUGAAUCAUGUUUGACUAAGAUAAGUGGCACUGACAAUCGAAGUAUCUGGAAUUCAUCACAAAAAGUUUUCAAAUGUUGUAUACAGAAGGACCAAAUAACUGAAGGGCUGAAAUUUUCUUUUAUACUGUUUUUUAAUUCAUAUUUCAAUAACUCGUGUUUCAAAGUUGUUUUUUUAAUGAAAUUUCACAGAUUGUAUCGGGAAGGUUUAGUUUUUCAGAGUAUAGACAAGAAGCAGAAAGAUAGGACCUGUGACGUGCAGCUUGCAUAAUUAUAGCCAUUUUUUAAAAGGGUCACUUUUCAUAUUAUAUAACUUCAAACAUUUUCAUCACCAGCUACACUUGUGGGAAAGCUGGGAACGGUUUCAUUUUCAUGGAGAGCAUAAGGAACACGCUCGCAAGGAUAUGUUAGCUUGCUUGUGCUUCCAGUUGCUAGGCUCCUGCCUAAGGCUUCAUAGUUUCCAGAGACUCUUUCAAAGUCUAUUCUGGCUAUGUUGCUCAUUCCCACAUGGAUCAAAAGGAAGGGAUAGUUGGCUGGUGUGGGUCUUCCGGGCUGUGUG